AUGGGGCCAAAUGAAGAAGAUGUCAUCAAUAUAACGUGCAUAGAGCAGAGGCUUAAGGUGGUAUUGGUGGAUGAAUUUGUCUUCAAAAUUGGACAUGUAGAUGUUGGCAUAGACUUCUUCAGGCUGAAUGAGCUGGACGUUUUGUUGCUAGUGAAACGUCACGGGUGUGACGCCUCCUAUCUUAACCAAGAAGUUAAAGCACUCAACACAAUCAAAAACGACAAAUCACUCACCAUUCUUCCAGCAGAUAAGGGCAACACCACUGUUAUACUAAAUUCAACUGACUAUGAAAGGAAAAUGAUUGACAUGCUCUCCGAUGAAUCCACAUACAAGAAAAUAAAAAAAGAUCCCACAGCAGGUUACAAAAGAAAACUCACAGUCAUACUUAACAGACUUAUGAGAAAAGAAAAUAACACCCAGUCAACACAACGUCGGGAAAACAUUCCACAAAUUUAUGGCUCGCCCAAGAUCCAUAAAGACAACACUCCUCUCCGCCCCAUUGUUGAUUAUACAGGAUCUAUCACUUACAAUGUCUCUCGUAGUCUAGCCGACAUACUCUCUCCUAUGCUUGGCAACACGAUCCAUCAUGUACACAACGCAAAGGAUAUUGCAGACACACUAAAGAAUAUAGUUGUCUCAUCCCAAGAGACAAUCGUCUCCUUUGACUUCGUUUCCCUAUUCACUAAAACUCCAGUAGAUAAAUCACUGGAAAUAAUAAAACAACGGUUGCUCACUGACAAAGAUCUGAAUUCCAGGACGUAUCUUACAGUAGAUGAUAUAUUGGAGUUACUAACAUUCGUGCUCUCCACUACAUAUUUCUCUUUCAGAAAUGACAUAUAUAGCCAAUGUUUUGGUAUUGUCAAAGCUGGACCAGACAUAAAACCAAUACUCUGGAAGAGAUACGUAGAUGACAUACUAGCGAUCAUUCCAGAGGGAAAAUCUACUGAACUUAAUACAUACCUAAACCAUAUUGACCCCACAAACAAUAUAAAAUUUACAUGUGAACAUCUGAGCAACAAUUCCAUUCCGUUCCUAGACACACUUAUCACAAGAGAAGUCGAUGGUCGCCUCACUACUACAGUCCACAGAAAGGCUACCCAUAACAAUCAAUAUCUGCAUUUUACAUCACACCACCCACUUCAACAUAAAUCGAGUGUUCCCCGCACCCUUAUCCAUAGAUGUUACACUAUCGUAUCGAACACCAGAAAUCAGAGAAAAGAACUACAAAACAUCAAAACAGCACUAAAUAACUGUGGAUACCCGGACUGGACUAUAACUAGAAUAAAACAACAACAACAAAAAAGGAAACUGCAAAAGGAGAUAACCAAACAAACCAAACUAGUAGAAAUAAGGGCAACAUUGAACUCCCUUACAUACAAGGAAUAUCGGAAAAAGCAAGCAUCACUUCAUACACAUAAAAUUGGCUCGUACUACAAACGAGCAGAAGAAUUUCCCUUGUGGAACAAUAAAGUUAUCUUAUCUUAUCUUAUCUUAAACCAGUUAACAAGCUCAGAGAAAUCCUAG